AUGGAAAAUCUUAGUUGGGAUGAUGAUGAUGACUCUCAACUUGUUGCCAGAAUACCAAUCUUGUGGAACACUCAUUCACAAGAUCUUGAAAGAGAGUAUUCAAUGUCAAAUCCAAGUUCAACUUUUCUUAGUUAUCAAAUGCAAGAGACGCAGAAGGUUCAAUCCGGUUGGGAAGAAUCUCUAAUAUUCCAAUCAUACCCUUCACUUUCAGUCAAUAUCAACACACCAAACAAUUAUGUGCCAGAUUUCAACAUGGUCCACCAACAAAACAGCAAGAGUACUACAACCUGCUCUCUUGAAUCAUCACUUGAUUGUUUGUUUUCAGCCACUACUAAUAGUAACACCGACACGAAUUCUGUUCAAGAUGAUGGAAUUUCCAUGAUUUUUUCUGACUGCAAAAACAGAAACUUAUGGAACUUUGGUGCGGUUUCUUCUGCUGAAUCUGAGAGUACUAAUGCAUCCAUUAGUGCUAGAAGAAACAAAGACAUGCAGUAUCCAUUCAAGGAACUAGAUCAUGAAAUAGUGUCUCAAACUUCCUCAGAUCAAGGUAAAAUCAAUGAUAACUCCAAGGUUUAUUCGACAAAAAGGAUUAAUAUUGAUCAAUAUGAUCCUUACUUCAGUAUUACUACUACUCAGAAUUCUUCUUCUGCUUCUUCUGAAUUUGGUUUCAAGCUUAUCUCAGAGAAACCACCAAAAUCCAAGAAACCGAGAUGGGAUGAUGAUAAUAAGAAGUGUCCUGGUUCAUCAAACAUCAAUUUCCAGCAACCAAAUUCAUCACUUUCGUUGUCGAAUUCAUUCAUUCAUGAAGAGGCUGAUCCAGAAGCUAUAGCACAAAUGAAGGAAAUGAUAUAUAGAGCCGCAGCAUUUAGGCCAGUGAUGAAUUUGGGUUUGGAAGUUAUGGAAAAGCCGAAGAGAAAGAAUGUGAAGAUAUCAAAUGAUCCACAAACUGUGGCUGCAAGACAAAGAAGGGAAAGAAUAAGCGAGAGGAUUAGGGUUUUGCAGAAGAUUGUUCCUGGUGGAACCAAGAUGGACACUGCAUCAAUGCUUGAUGAAGCUGCAAAUUACCUCAAGUUUCUUAGAUCACAAGUCAAAGCAUUAGAGAAUCUAGGAAACAAGAUUGAUACAAUGAAUAAUAGUCCUCCUUCAAGUAUAGCUUUCUCCUUCAACCCUUCCAUUCCCAUGCAAAACCCUAAAGACCACAUCCAAUAUUCCUAA